AUGGAGCAGCAGGAGCUACACCUGUCCCUGGCCCUGGCGCCGGCGGCUGGACGCCGCCGUGAGGAGGUGGACGAGGUGCGUCUGUUCGCUUGCCUCUUCUGCGACAAGACGUUCCUCAAGUCGCAGGCGCUCGGCGGCCACCAGAACGCACACAAGAAGGACCGCGCCGCCGCCGGCUGGAACCCCCACGUCUACGGCCACGAGGAGGACGCCGCCGCCGCCGCCUCACUGGACGCGCUUGGCUUGUCGAUCCCGAUCGCUCCCCACGGCGUCACGGACGUGAAGGUCGAAGCGCCGGACGGCGGCGGCGCGCGGCUCUUCGCCGACCACGUGCUGCACCCGGGGGCGGGGGCCAGCAGCGGUGGCACGGUGGAAAUGCUCAACUGGAGGACGGCCUCCCACAUCUCUGCCCCCCCGGAGAUCGCCAACACCGCCGUCGCGCCCUCCAAUUCCGGCGAGGAGCUUGACCUUGAGCUGCGACUCUAG